UUCCUCUCCUCCUUCGUCGAUCUUCUUCCCUUGCUCCCACACACCAUGCGUGAAGAUCAGAAAAUAAUUUAACUGAAAUCAUCAGAAUAUAUACACAGUAUUAAAGUAACAGCUGUGUUCUCUCACAGAUAGUUAUUAAUGCUGCAACAAUUAACACUUCGUUCCUAAAUGAAUGAUUAACUGUGCAGGCAGGCUUCGCCAGAAACCUCCUCUCUACUGUUCAGGAUUUUCCUGUAAAAAGCCUGAAACUUUUUGGCAUCAAACCCGGGAGAGACCUGAAGGCACCCUAAAUUCAUCACGACAAAAUGACUACUCAGAAAGACAAAAUGAGAGGUGACUGCGACUGUGUUAUAUAUACAUAGCAGGUAUGUACGGAGAAUUAUAAGAGAGAGCGUGAGUGUUUGGAGUAGAAAACGGAGGAGACUUCUCGAGGGAUGGCUUUUGUGGGAGAGAACAGUGGUGGUGGUGAUGGUCUAGUAUGUCCUCAAAUGAUGAUGAAUAUGCCUUUAGUGACAAAUCAUCAUCAUCAUCAUCAAAGUGGUCAUCAUCAUUCAUUAAUAAAUCCUAAUGCUAAUGCACAUACUAAUUUAAACACUAUUAAUUCUCCUUUUCUCCCCACACCUUGCACUAAUAACAGUAGUUUCUCCUCCCCCUCCCCCUCCCUUGUUACGCUUCAAAACAUCAGCAACACUGGGUUAAGCUUUGGCCGUUAUUUCAUGGACAUCGUCGACUACAACAUUAACAACAACGAUGGUAGUUCCUCUUGUUCUUCUGUGAAAGCCAAGAUCAUGGCUCACCCCCACUACCCUCGCCUCCUUGCUGCUUACGUCAAUUGUCAAAAGGUGGGCGCACCGCGGGAAACGGUGGCGAGGCUCGAUGAAGCAUAUGCGGCGGCGGCGGCAAUGGGCGGCAACGGAGCUGGGUCGGGCUGCACCGGAGAAGAUCCGGCGCUGGAUCAGUUCAUGGAGGCGUACUGUGAGAUGCUGACAAAGUACGAGCAAGAGCUUUCCAAACUUCAGGAGGCCAUGUUCUUCCUUCAGAACAUCGAGUGUCAAUUCAAAGCUCUUACCGUUGAUUCUCCGAUUAACUUUGCUUGUGAUAAGAAUAUUGAAAGGACUGAAUCAUCUGAAGAUGACAUGGAUCUUCAAAACAGCAGAAGCUUGAUCGAUCCGCAGGUUGAGGAUAAGGAAUUGAAAGAUCAGCUUCUGCGAAAGUACAGCGGAUACUUGGGAAGCCUGAAGCAGGAGUUCAUGAAGAAGAGGAAAAAGGGAAAGCUGCCUAAAGAAGCAAGGCAACAAUUACUUGAUUGGUGGAACAGACACUAUAAAUGGCCUUACCCUUCUGAAUCACAGAAGCUGGCACUUGCAGAAUCAACAGGUCUGGAUCAGAAGCAAAUAAACAACUGGUUCAUUAAUCAAAGAAAGCGUCACUGGAAGCCUUCAGAAGACAUGCAAUUCGUGGUUGUGGAUCCAAUGCAUCCUCCCUACUUCAUGGACGACGUUCUGGGAACUCCAUAUCCCAUGGAUUUCUCUCACGCCAUGCUCUGAAAUAUUCAUAAUAAUCAUGUCUCAUGCAUAUGCAUGAGCCUUAUUCUUCUUAUAAUUAUUAGUCUGUAGUCCAUGCUAGCCGUGUCAAGAAUCAAGUCAUUAUUCAUAAGUUCACAGCUUCCCAUAUUCACUCUAAACCAUAAAUCUUAUAAUUAAACUGUAUUAUAUAAAGUGUGUGUAGAGAUUAUUUCUGCGUUUUAUGUACUACCAGAUUAUGUGGAAUAUGACGUCUAUUCUCAAGAUCAUAUAUUUUGGA